CAAAACCGGCCUUUUUCUUCUUCAGCUUCUUCCGGCUCGUUCCGAUCGCCACGCCAUGGCGCGGGCGUCGCCAGCGGUCGCGCGGUUCGGCCGAGCCAUUGCUGGUUAGGCGGAUGAUGGAGGACUUGCAGGCCUUUUCGAAAGCCAGCCAGUGGCAGCUGGCACUGGGCGUCAGCUGGCACUUGGGCGUGGCCAAACUCAGCGCUUACACCUAUGGCUUGCUCUUACGCGCACUGACGAAAGGUGUCCAAUGGACGAUUGCGCUGGAGGUCCUGGACACGAUGCCCCACGCACAGGUUCAACCCAACCUCAUCAUCUUCAACUCAGCCAUUGCCUGCUGUUCGGCCGGAGCGGCUUGGCCUCAUGCCCUACGCUUGCUGCAGGUGAUGCAAACAGAGAUGUUGCAGGCGGAUGUGAUCAGCUGCAGUUCGGCCAUCAGCGCAUGUGAGAAGGGUCUUCAGUGGCGAAAGGCGCUGGAGGUCUUUGAGUCCAUGUGGCGGAGUGCCCUGCGCUUGGACGUGAUUUGUUGCAACUCCGUCCUGAGUGCCUGCGAGAAGUGCGGUCAAUGGCCACAAGCCUGGCAGCUCUUCCACACCAUGGCCCAGGACGAGCUCACACCCGUGACCAACAGCUACAACGCACUCAUCAGCGCCUGUGCCGCAGGCAAUGAGUGGCAGCGGUCCCUUCAGCUACUGGAGGAGCUGGGCGAUUCCGGCGACGCCAUCAGCUACGCCGCGGCCAUCGCCAGCUGCGGAGGUGCUCAUUGGCCCUUGGGGCUCCACCUCCUCGCGCAAUCCACCACCACGAGCUCCUCGCGCGGUCUGCGACGCAGCACGCGCGGUCCGCGCCCGGUCUGCGACGCAGUGACCUGGGCCACGGCGCAGAGCUGCUGUGUGGCGGGAAGCCAGUGGCACCGAGCUGUCGCGUUGCUGGACUCCAUGGAGCAGCUUCGCUGGAACUUCGCUGCGACCAACUUCCAGGUGGCCAUCAGUGCAUGCGAUGCUGCCGGGGCGGCAGACUUGGCACGGCAGCUGCUGAGGCGUUGGCCGUGUUGGAGCUUGGAAGGCUUCAAUAGUGCGGUGAGUGCUCAGAGGGGCAUCUACUGGCAGCAGGCCUUGGAGUUGCUGGACCGGGCUGAAGAGCUACAGUUACAGCUGGAUUUGAUCACCUACAGCGCUGCCAUCAGCGCAUGCCAGCGCCACUGGCACUGUGGGUUGGAGCUUCUGGGCCGCCUGCAACGUGAAGGGCUAACGGCAAACGCGGUGGUGUGGACUACGUGUUUGCGUGCAUGUGUCUUGGGUGAGCAAUGGCAGGCUGCCCUGGAUCUGUUCGAGCAGAUGCAGAGCCAGAAGCAGCUGACCUUGUUGGCGUUCUGCGACCUUUUCUCAGCGCUGGCCGAGCGUUCCUCUGUUCUGGCCGCCACGCUGGCAGAGCAGACGGAGCUUUGGCUUUUGCUUCAGCUGAGGAGAGCUACACGCGACGGAAGACAUUGAAACCGGCGGCAGAACUGCUGGGGGCGCUCGUGAGUCGGGGCGUUGGAACCUGCGACGGGGGACACCGCGGGUGGAAAAGAGCUCAAGCAAGUUUGGAGACGUGGAGGUGUGUUCUUUUCUUUUUUUGGAGGUGUGUUUUGGCAUCU